UAGUUUAUAGUAUUAGCCUAUUAACUCUAUGAGCUACUAGCGCUGUGCUGAGAUGAGAAUGGCUGUUUCUACCUGAAUACUGUAGAGGUGCUUUCCAGAUGUGCUGAAAGUGCUUAACAAUUUAAGUGGGAAAUUCACCUCAUCCGCAACCCCAUGUGUGUAGCUUUGCCUGGCGACCCAAACACUUCGCUCCAGCCAAACGCUACGCCACGCCCACAUAUGUUAGUUUCUUCUUCGCGGUAAUGUAGCGAACAUAAGAGCAGCGGAAGAAUUCAGUUUGAGUCGUCGGGCAAAUGUGUAUCAGCCACCUAAAAACAGAAUGACAACAGUGCAAUACUUUCUCGAUCACCACACACAUGCGCACGCACGCACAAACACUGACACACACGCGCACGCACGCACAAACACCGACACACACACUGCGUUAACUGUCUGACUUGCUUGCUACUAUCCAACCAAAUGAACCCAACUAAUCCUCAACAGUGCCAGGCAACAAACUAAUGAUCGUGAUUUGUCAACCCUUACUUAAUAACAGAAACUCUCCGACAGACACUGAUUCCAAUGGGGGAAAUGAACUGGUGAUUGAGUUAAUGGAAGGAAAUCAUUAGGAGUCGGACCAAAGCAGGGAAAGAGGGAUAUUGUUGGGUUUGCUUGGGUACUGGAGUGCUUUGCAUGGCAUAUCAGAUUGUUGCUUAAUAGCGUUGUGCUUCUGUGUGAAUGGCACAAAGUGGCUUUCAUGACAUUUAUGUAUCUCAGUUUAUGUCAAUAAAAUAUUGAUAUGGACUGGGAUGAAGUUGCCCUAGACAAUGAUCUAGGGGUCAAUUUUCUGUUUUGAGCUUGAGGCUCAAAUGUAGCCUGAAGAGUACUGCACUACGUAGGAAAUUAAAUGUAAUUUCGGAAAGCAGCCCUUCUCAACCCAAACCUCAUCCUUGGUUGCUACUGUGGUCAUACCUGACAAAAUACUGUUUAGACUUACUGUAGAUCAGGGAUUUCCAACCCUGUUCCUGGAGAGCUACCAUCAGGUUUCUACGUAACCCUGGUGGUCAACCGUUGGUGGAACCAGUUUGUGAAUCUGCCUUGGCCCGACCGCCUCAUGUUCCUGGUCUCCAGCUGUGUUCACGGCCACGACGAGCAGGGCCGCCUCCUCAGACGCACGCUGAUGCGCUACGUCAACCUCACCUCACUGCUCAUCUUCCGCUCUGUCAGCACCGCCGUCUGUAAGAGAUUCCCCACCAUGGAGCAUGUGGUGGAGGCAGGCUUCAUGACUCCAGAAGAGAGGAAGAUCUUUGAUGCUGUCAAGUCUCCCCACCUGAAGUACUGGAUCCCUGUGGUGUGGUUUUCUAACAUGGCGUCCAGGGCUCGGACGGAGGGGCGCAUCAAGGACAGCGUGGACCUGCAGACCAUCCUCAACGAGAUGAACACAUUCAGGACUUGGUGCUCUACUCUAUUUGGUUAUGACUGGGUUGGGAUUCCUCUCGUCUACACACAGGUAGUAACCCUGGCCGUCUACACCUUCAUCUUUGCCUGUAUUAUUGGUAGACAGUUCUUGGACCCAGCUCAGGGUUACCCAGGUCAUGACCAGGACUUUUACGUUCCCAUCUUCACUAUGCUACAGUUCUUCUUCUACUCUGGCUGGCUCAAGGUUGCUGAGCAGCUCAUUAAUCCAUUUGGGGAGGAUGAUGACGACUUCGAGGCUAACUGGUGUAUCGACAGAAAUCUGCAGGUGUCGUUGAUCGCUGUGGAUGAGAUGCACAUGAACUUCCCUCCGAUGACUAAAGACAUUUACUGGAACGACUCUGAGGCUCUGCCUCCCUACACCCUGGCUGCUGCAGACUACUGCAUACCCUCCUUCCUCGGAUCCACCAGAGAGUUGGAUCUAUCGGGCAUUUUUCAGUUCGGAGAGGCAGACAAAAUGGACAUUCACAGACAGGACAGCCACAACAGCAAUCACAACUUCCGUCAUGGUCGUCAAACGUCAGUCCUGGGGCACGUGCGUAGGCUUCUCAGCGUCCAGGAUCCCCCAGAGCUCGUUCCUCCUCGGCCCUCCUUCAAACGUCACAGCAGUGAGGCCUUCUUCCCCUUCAGACCUGACUCCCAUGACUACCCUGGAUCAGACGACCAGGCCUCCCCAGGACCUGAUCACUCUCUGUUCCCCAGACCCAACCUCUUUAACUCCCAUAACCCCCUCUCGACCAACCACCCUCUGGAUACGCUACGGGAGGUUAGCAGUACUCUUUCUUCCCUGGACACUGAGCCCCGUACGCCGUCCUUCACAGACCUGCCUCAGUGGGUGGUAAGUCCACCUGCUUCUUCUGAUGCUCAUGGGGAUAGUGGUUAUGGGGGUGAUGGAGGGACGUGUGGGGCGUUAUCUGGGGCUCCACAACCCCUGAAUCAUAUAGAGGCCUUCUCCCAACAGACAGGGCAUGAGCAGGCCUCAAGUAAGCCUGGGACUCCAGUAGAUCUGUCCCCCAUUGUGGAGGCUCUGGCCCUGAACACGAAUCAGGGCAACAGCUGUACCCAACCGAGGCCCAAGAAGUUGAGCUGGAACAUCCCCAAAGACUGGUGUAAGCCACAGAGACGUCAACUGUCCUUCCAGUUCUCCAGACAGGGCUCAAAGAGCUCCCUGCACAGCCUGCCUAGUCCUCAAGGCCUAGGGAGGAGGAGAGGCCGAAACACUUCCACAGCCCUCCACUUUCCUGCUGAGCCUGCCCAGUUCCAAGCACUGCAAGUCCCAGAGACAGACAUUCUGGAGUCCAAUGGUCAUGAGAGUGACAAGAAGGACACCAAUGACAGCCAAGAGAACAAGGACAAGUCACAAUCGGAGAAGUCGUAAUGUUCUCCUGACUUACAGUACAUAUCGACCUGCUGUGCCCUAGUAUGAGUCACUUAACAGGAUCUCUAAGGGUGUACCCAGCAUUAUUAUAAUUUACAUCCUAAUAAACAUAAAGUGUUUGUUUUAUAAUCAAAUAUAAUUUAUUCAGUCAUCGUUCACUGUUAAUCAUUGUACUCACAAAAUGAUGCAACAAAAAAACACCUGAUUGAGUUUAAACAAUUAUUUAUUACAUUUAGUAGAAUGGAAAUGCAUGAAUUUUUCUCAAAAGAUGCCAGACAGCCACUGAUAAUGCUGGACAGACAGCCUUUCAGCCUUCCCAUGAAGCACUUCAGUCUCAGUGAUGAUGACAGGAGGUGCAGCAUGGUGAUUCCAUGCAUCGCUUCAUCCACUCUUUCACUAUCCUUCCUUCCUUCCUCCUAUCAUCCAUCCAUCACUCCCUACUUCCAUCGCUCCCUUCCCACCUCCCAUCUAUGAAUCCAUCUCUGCAUCCAAUGUUGCAUAGCGUGUGUGUCUGGCCUUAGCGAAGCCCACCCUGUCCUGUCCCCGGUCAUAUAUACUAUAGUAAUCAGAGAGGAACACGUCCCCUAGGAUCCACAGAGGAUCCGUCGAGGAGUGCAGAUCCUCCCCCUGGAACCCACUGAAACAGAUC